AUGAUGAAAAGAAAUGGAAUAGGACGUAAUUGGACGGGACGGGAUGAAAAGGAAUGGAAUGAGACGGGUAUAACGCCCCGACCGCCCAUCCCGGUGAGUCACCCACGCCCUCUCUCGGCCCGUGGGCCCUACCCCUGUCCGACGGUUGGUGCAUUAUUUUUUAGAGGCUCUAAUGACUUGUUUACUAUUCCUGCAAUCCUGACCUUUCCCCAUGUUGUGUCCUCACUUACACGGUUUCAGAAAUCACUUCCCGAAAGGUCAUCAUCCUUCAACUACUCCAGCCCAAGCAUGCUUAACUCUGGAGUUACUUAUGGGCCUUAA